AUGUACCACCAAUCUCUUCUGUCCAGGGACCUCAUGACUCUGUACGCUUUCUCAGGCGUUUCCCAAUCUCAGAGAAUUGUCACUGCUAAGAACGGCUGUUGUCCGCACUGUGCAUUUAUUUCAACUGACUCAUUGCUUCUUUUUGUAUGUUCUUUCCUCCUUGUAUUUCACAGAUGCAGAGAAUGGUUGAAUAACUGUCAUCGGCAAGAUUUGGCAUCUGAGCCUCCCGAGCAGCUGCAUAAACUGUACAAACUUUGUGCAAAGCACUUUCAACCCUCACUGAUCUCCCAGCAGAGUACCUCGGGUUGUAUCUUAAAGGAAGAUGCUGUUCCCACCAUAUUUGAUUUUUCUGCACCAGUAAACAAUCAGUCAACCAGCAACAGAAAACGGGCAAGAGAUCCUUCUGCAGAGGAACUUGGUUCAGUGAAGAAAACAAAAGAAAACACAGAAAUACCAGAAGUGAAAGAUGAGCCAAAGGAGGUACCUACAGAGAGCAACAAUACAUCUGAAGUACAAAAAGAUGAUCAGACGCAUGAGGAUGCAGCCAGCUCGAAAGCAAAGGAGACUCUUAAAGCCUAUUUUAAAGAAAUCCUUGCAUUGACUGGAUUCAGCAUCAAUGGUGCAAACAUCAGCAAAGAUGAGCCAAUCAGCAGCGCAAGAGGUCAGCAGUCUCUCAAUCCUGUCUGUGUAGAGAAAAUUGACAAGAAAGAAAUCCUCCAAUUCAGUGAAGAUCUCAUGCGGGAGGAGAUAAAGAACAGCCUCAGGCAGGCACGAUACUUCUCCAUUCUCCUUCAGGAUGUGACAAGCAUAGAAGGAAAGGAGCAAAUCCCUGUUUUUAUCAGGUCCGUCACAGUGUCCGGAUUCCCUCAAAAGUAUCUUAUUGGGUUCCUUCCAUGUGACAUGGACACUGAGAAUCUGUUUUACAUGCUUCUCUCUGAGUUGAGAAAUAAGUGGGGGCUGAAAAUGGACAAUUGCCGAGGGCUCACCUAUCUGGUUACAGGCAGUAUGUGUCAGAAGAUGCGAGACCUUACCUGCAGGAUUCUUCAAGAAUUUCCUCAGGUAGUUCUGUCACCAAGUGACCCAUAUGCUUUCAACAUAUGGAUCAUUCGCUGCAUGCCUGUUUCAUCUAUUCAAAAUGUGGCAGACACUGUGGAAGAGGUAGCGUCAUUACUCAGGAGAAUACCAGAACUUUCAAAAAGAUUAGAAGGAAAUAUCCAGAUGACAUAUGGGCAUAUAAAAGGAGAAGUGGACAGAAUCAAGGCUGCUCUUGUUGGAAAUUGGGAAUAUGGUACUGAUGUCUUCCACACAAUGUUAGACAUCCUUGAGCCAUUCCUGAGCUGCAUCAAUGAGAUGAUUUCAAAGGUGGAUGAAGACACCGCUCAACAGAUGGCCAAACUCAAGCCAGUCUUGAAGAAUUUUAAUUUCAUCAUCACGCUUGUUGUUUUGAAGAACACCCUCUGUUGUGUGAGCAUACUCAACUCCAGUCUCAGGGGAAUAAUUAGCAUCAGCAGCACCUUGCAGUACACAAUUUCCAAUGCCUUAAAACUAUUAAACAAAUACCAACAGGAGGUUGCAGUUUUCCACAAAAGAUGGUAUUCAGAUGCAGUUGGUCGAGCAAGGAAACUGGGGGUUGAAGUCAUUAAGCCGGAUAUGGAACAAGAAGCCGCAACUGAGGCGCCACUGGAGGACUUUUACAGAGAAACUCUCAGCCGCCCCAUCCUGCAGUAUCUUGUUGCAGAGGUGAAGAGAGUGUUCAGCAUAGAGAUGGUGAGGAUUCUCAGGUGGCUAUCGUUGGUGCCAUCGUACAUGGCUGACCACAACUUCAGUAUUCGCAGGGAUAAAGUAGCAGACGCCAACUUAAACAACCUUGCGAGACCAGACACAUUCUACGAAGAGCUCGGCUGUUGGGAAGUCAAGUGGAGGCAUGCCAGCAAGCGCAGAAUCCUACCAACCACGGUGUUUGCUACUCUUAAGAUUCCAGAUAUUGGGUUUUACCCAAAUGUGCAGAGUUUGCUGCGGGUUUUGGGUACGGUUCCAUGUGUGAAUGCAGAGGCAGAUGUGUAUGGACAGUACCAUAUGGUGCUGGAGAGGUGUCACUCCUACCUGAGAGCCACACCAUCAGACCAAAGAAAGUGCAGCAUGGCCUAUGUCUUUGUCAAUCAAGAUGUGCACUUCAGUGUGGAGCAAAUGGUAGAGUCCUAUGUACAGAAACAUCCAGACAUAAUGCAGUUACUGCAAAUGGAUGAUGAUGUGAAAGAGAAGCAUUCCCAAGUGCCAACUGAUGAAAACCAUGCAGAAAAGGAUGCUGAAGAAGAAUUACAACUUAUAAAUCUGGAGAUGGAUGCAGAAAGGCUAGUGGAGAUGAAAUGUGCAGAGACUGAUAGAGAAGCUCUCAAGUCUGCUCUGCAGGCUGCAGUGACUGCUGCAUACAGCAGUCAAAGCAGGCAACAUUGUGAGGUUUCAUCUGUGCAAGAUGGAGAAGUUGAGUAUGUGACCAAGUCUGAAAUGAAAGAGGUUCUCAGUGUGUGUGAAAAUGCAGUCCGAGAGGGAAUUCUCAUGGAAGUGGGGACUUCAUUCUUCUCAUUGUUCAUUGAUGGUGUUGUGAAAUUAGGGGAUAAAGACUACCUUCCCCUUUUCCUUCGGUUUUUGGACAGUUUCGAUGUCAUGCGAUUGGAGUUGAUGGGAUUCCUUCAGGCUGAUCUUGAUUGUGAUGUCCUGGUACAACGCCUUUUGGAUAUAGUAACUGCUGAGUGGCACCUUGAUUUGAGCAACUGCAGGGGUCAAGCUUACCUGGGAUCUGGUGAUGUUUCCUACAAGCUGAAAGCCUUUGCUUGCAAAAUACAGGAAAAAUACCCCCUUGCUAUAAGUACACACUGCUCCUCGUACUCUUUCAACACAUGGUGGUCCAAAUCCAUCCCAGUGCCUGCUGUAAAAAGAGCCUUGGAUGCAUUUGAGGAAGUUUUGAUGUUUUUUGGAAGUAAUGCUUCUCUCGAAAAGCAACUAGAUCAUGUGAUUAAUGUUGGUCUUAAAGAGAACUAUGAAAAGGUCCAAGAGUUACAGGGGAAGUUCUGUGCUCUUUGGCAAGAAAAACAUGAUUCAUAUGAGGUGUUUGUUCAGAUGCUAGAGCCCCUUGUUGAAUGUCUUGACAAAAUCAAGAAUAACCCUCAGAGAUGGAAAGCUGAUGUGGCUGAUCAAGCUGGUAUGCUUCUCUGCAAAGUGAUGGACUACGAUUUUAUUAUUGCCAUGGUAGUCCUGAAAAAUGCAUCGUCCUUUACCAGAGAGUUAAGUGCAGGUCUCCAGAAGGGCCACUUCAGUGCUGCUUCCCAACUUUGUCAAAUCAGUGGUAUUGUGGCCACUCUGACCCGAGUAAAAACAAACAUGAAGGUGUUUCACCAGAACUGGUACGAUGAAGCCUGUGCGAUGGGUCAGAAUCUAAGAGGGCAGGUGGAGGUGCCCGAAAGCCCUUUGUCAAGGGAUGGCAUGAUGAAACCAGUAGGAGUUUACAAAGAUGGGUUAAGUGCACCCCUCAUAGAUAACCUUAUCGCUGCUGUUAAAGAUCAUUUUUCUGAGGACCACAAAGAAGCUCUGAACUUUCUUUCUCUGGUUCCGCGGUCUGUCUUAAUCAGUUACAUGUUUGAAAACUUAAAGUCGAAGCCCCCUCUCUACAGCAGUGAUCUCCCAGAUGCUGACAACUUCUUCACAGAGCUGUGCUGCUGGAGAGUGACAUGGAAGACCAAAGCAUCUGUGACUAUCCCAGACACAAUAUUUCAUACACUACGCUUGCCACUGAUGCAGUACUUUGGAAAUAUCAAUGUUUUGCUGAGGAUCAUGUCUGUGCUCCCCAGCACAGCACUUGAGGACUGUGGUGUUGUAAUGCGUCACAAGAGAUUCCAGGAAUACCUGAGAAAUACAGAUCCCAAAGACAGGUGCCCAUGCUUGGCGAUGUUGCAGGUGGGCACUGACUUCAGGAGAGACCUGGACCGCAUGGUGACCCAGUGCUUGAAGGUGACUCCACAAGCCCUGGAAGGUAUCUGUCUGGACAAGGAAUCCAAAAGCUUCAUCAAGAACCCUGAAGAUUGUAUGGAAGUUGGUAGUGUCAGCGAGGAACAAAAGGAGCCCAAGAUUCAGAAAAUUGUCGUUGUAGGUCCUCCAUGCUAUCAGGAGGUCGAGGACCAAGACAUGAAACCAACAGAUGAGAAUGAGCACACAGGAGAUAAUCGGCAGAAUUUGGUGACAUUAUUCAGACUGGCUACACAACUGGGCAAGAAGAACCUGAAUCUCUUGGACAUGUCGGAAGAGGACAGAGACGUUUUCAUGCAGGAGCUUGGCAUGUGCCACUGGUUUGAAAGUGAGAGCAAACAUGCACCUUCUAUAGGCAAGGCUGAGAUGGUGACAUUAAUCAUAAGAGGAAUCAGAGAUGUCAUACUGAAGGAAAUACACGAAUCUCCAUACUUCUCACUUAUCACAGACAAAUCUGUUAAAAUUGCUGACAAAAAGCAUUUGCCUGUUUUUGUCCGUUAUGUCGGAGAAUCUGCUCCCAAAGUAGAACUUUUGGGUUUUUUACCAUUUGAUGAAAGCUGUGAUGUCAGUGUACAAGCAAGAAACCUUGCAAAAAUUCUCACUGAAGAAUGGAACCUACCAAUGUCUCAGUGUCGUGGACAAGCAUUUAUGCCUUUGGGCUCAUGUUACCAAAGCCUGAGGAGGAUGUCCUUGGAUUUCCUCCAGAGCUACCCACUCGCUGUUGUUACACCUAGUGAGUCUUGCGGCCUUGCCCACUGGCUUGCAGGAAGUGUGCCUUGCCCAUCAGUAGUAAAAAUGCUGGACAUCACAGAAGAUUUGCUCCUGUUUUUCGAUGAAUCUCCUUGUCUGGAGGAACAGUUGGCACAGGCUGUAGACGGGCUGUUGAAUAUGCCAAGGGAAGCUCUCGAGGAAAUUCCAGAAACAUGUUGCUCGAGGUGGAAAAAGAGAGAGGAUUUCUUUGACAUACUUGCUGACACAUUGGAGGGUAUUCUCGGUUGCCUAGAUGCUGUUAGUUCAAAUGCCACAGGUGCCAAGUCAAUGCAUGCUCAAGUUCUCGCAACCGCUUUGAGAAAUCUGGAUUUCAUUGUCACUCUUGUGAUUUUGAAGAAUGCUUGUGCUCCUCUUCGUAACUGUAGCACUGUCUUUCGCUGCGGAAACCCUGCUGAUAUUCUCUGUGAAGUGGAAAAAAUCCCCUCAAUCAUUGACACUCUUAACAAAAUGUUGGAAAAUGUAAGCAAUGUGCACGCUGUGUGGUUUGACCAGGCAUUCCAGCUAGCAACCAAGGUAGCUCCAGAACAAGUGUGCUUCUCAGAGGAAGUCAACAGCUAUGAAUCUCCAGAGAUAUAUUACAGAGAAAAUCUCAGCGUUCCUCUCCUCAGAAGUCUCAUUGACGAGAUGAAGCACAGCUUCUCAGAUAGUCACUUAAAGGCUCUGUCAAUCUUGUCGUUGUUGCCUGCCUGUAAUCCGCAGCCUAUUCUGCCAGACUCUGCAGACAAGCCGUUUAGCCUCCAUCUUGUGGAUCUUGCUGAACCCGAUGCAGCUGAGCAGGAAAUCAAUGCCUGGGCUGCAGUUUGGAGAGAGAAAUACCAGGAUGUUUCUCCUCCCACAUCCAUUGCGGAAACACUCAUCCAUCCUGAGUCAAAGAGUCACCCAACAGUUACCGCACUGCUUAGGCUAGUUGCUGUCCUGCCUAGCAUCAGUAUUGAGUGUGACCUGAUGAAGACCACUCUGAAUUCCAUGAGGGACCUCUUAAAGAACACUGUAUGCAUGGGCAGCAGAAUGGAUCAUGUGAUGCUUCUCUCUCACUUCAUGACCCUGCAAAGGCUACCGGAGGUGAUUAAGAUGUGUAUCGAGCUUUUUCCAGAGAGCAGCCUUUGUCUCUCCCAGGUAAUGGAAACAUUACAAAUCCAACAAUUGUAUAAAGAAGGCACUGAAGAAAAUCCUGUGAAUACAGCAGAGUUCCAGACCUCUAGUGAAGAAGAGCCCAAGGAGAGAGAGAUAAAACUGGAAGACACUGAUGUGAUACUGGAAAUUGUUUCGGGACCUCCAAAACCUGUGUCUUUCUAUGACCUACAGCUACGUGAACAAAUCAUCAAAGAACUCUGGGAUUCUCAGUUUUUCACCAUUAUAACUGAGCAGGCUGUUGAAAUUGAUGGUGACGCGUAUGUCCCAUUGUGCAUCAGGUACUUGAACAAAGAGCAUAUCCAGUGCGAGGAAACACUGGCUUUCAUCCCUUACGUAGAAGACACAGCUGCCCUUGUAGAUGCUGUUGAGACGGCACUGUCUGAGAAAUGGGGCCUCAACAUGGCAUAUUGUAGAGGGCAGGCGUUGCUGAGUGUUGGAGAAGUAGGAGCUCAGAUGCGGGCUGUAAGCGCAGCAAUAGCAGAGAAGUAUCCCCAGGCUAUAAGAACUGUCAGCUCGGCUUUGUCCCUAAAUGUGUGGCUGUCUAGGUCCUCUCCUGCAGAAGAAGCGGCUGAUGGUGCCGUUUUGAUGAGUAAAAUUUUACGUUGGCUCACAGAGGAUACACAGCGUCAGAACAAACUGGAAGAGAUGAUCCUUCAUGUGUUCCAACACGAUGAAGGAAAGUGUAACCAGCUGCAGGACAAACUUACAAAGAACUGGGAUAAGUCCCAUGACAUGCAUGAGGUGAUGGUAGAGAUCUUAGAAGCAGUCAUAUUCUGCCUGAAUGAGCUGAAAGGGACAGGGAGCAUUUCCAACCAGCAACAAGCCUCACAGUUUCUCAGUGCUAUCAGACACUUUGAGUUUAUCUUCUCAUCAGUGGUGCAGAAGAAUGUCUUGAGUGUAACUGAACAACUAAGUCGGUCACUUCAGGGCAAGCCCUUAGAUAUGUUGCUUGCAGCUAAUACUUUGCCAGCUCUAAGAGCUUCCCUCUACAAACUGAAGAGCGAUAUCGAUACCAAUCACAAGGCCUGGUUUCAGGAAUCGGUGGCAUUGGCUUCUAAACUCCACGUUUCAAUGUUGCAUUUGGUCCUUUUGGAGCCGCUGUGCGAGUUUUACAAAGAAUCCAUAAGCAUGAAGGUUGUAGACCACUCUAUAGCAGAAAUGGAGGACCUCUUCAGAGAUAAUGUUGUGGAUGCCUUGAGAUGUCUCAAGAUUGUGCCUUAUGCAAUGUCCAAAGUAGACAUCAGCUUUCUUAGUGGUCUUGUGUUCAGCAUGUACAAGGAAGACUUGCCCGAUCAGGCUUCCUUCUACAAUGAAAUGAAGCUGUGGAAGGAAAAAUGGUUGGCUCCGAUGGCAGGCUAUCUCCCAACUACUGUGCUCGAUGCUCUGAAGACGUCACAAAUAAGAAGCUUCAGUAAUAUUGAAACUCUGCUCAGACUCCAGGUCAUCUUACCAUUUUCAAGGAGGGAGAGCAACUUCAAACAGGGAAGACGAAGCUUGCAGGAAUUCAUGCAGCAAGAAAAGAGAUCUGUCACUGAGCUACAUCCUUUGUAAAUGUUACAAGUCUUCCAUCGUUAGCAGUUUUUGUCUUUUUGUCGUAAUGAGUUUCAGAGGCAUCAUUCACAACAUAAUUAUGAUCUAUAACAUCAACCCUGACUAAGGUCCCAAGUUCAUAACUGGCUUGAUAUUUCAGUUU